CAAACAAACAGCGGGAGGAACGUCAGGUUUUGUUGCCCUCGACUUGCAAUUUUUCGCUAAAAUGGCUUUUGCCACGGAGAAGGUCGACACCGAUGUAGUUGAGGGAAAUCUGGAGAGCUUGAGAGACGACGUGGCGAUCGAGCUGGAGGAUCUGGCUCGGGAAUUGGGAGAGAAAACGCAGUCGUUAGUUAAGGAACCCAGUUUUCGCGACGACAAAGACUUGGAUAAUAUGCUGAAGAGAAAACUGCUUCUCGAGAGUGAAAUUGAAGCUACGAUGGAUACGAACUUAGCAUUCCUCCCGGAUGACAAGAAAAUGCUGGUCAGACUGGCAAGAGAAGAGGCGGAGUUGACAGCCCUGGACAAUGAAAGGGCGCUGAAUUUCUAUCGGCAAAAGCAAACAGAGUUACAAGAAGAAAAGAAAACAUAUGAAGAUAUGGUCAACAAAGCAGUUGAAGUUGAUAAAAAAUUAGAUGAAUUGCUGAAGGAGAGAUCAGAAUCAGCCCUCCUAGACAUUAUGAAGAAGAGGUAUGAAGAAACAGGAAUAUUGUUUAGAGAGCUUCGGACAGUGCUUCACAUGAUUUUGACAGAGUUCUACCCAGAAGAGGAAGAGGGAUUAUCAAUGGAAAACCUUCUGGAGGUUCUUGUUACGAAGAUGAUUGAAGAUAGAAAUGACCCUUAUGUGAAUAUCCACGAAGGCAUGAAGGAUUAUCACAUUGCAUUUUUACUUAGGGCAAAUCUCAUUAUGAGGCAUAAAAAUGAUGUCAGUCGUAUUAGGUUUGUUGAUCCAAACUGAUUGCAUAGACACAUUUGCAGGAAAAGAUAAAGCAUUUAUGUUUAGCUUGUUAAUAUUCCUGUAAAACAGGUUAAUUGUUUUAGAGAAUUCAAUCCCCCCCCCCCCUCCCUUCUUUUUUAUCAAGUCAUGGAAGAUACAACUUCAUGUUAUUAAUAUUCAGCUGCAAGGUUCCUUUUUUGUGUGUGAUUGACAUGCAUUGUAUAUACAGCUCUGAUAACUAUUUCAUUAAACUUUGAGCUACUAAAAAAUAUUUUUCAUACUGUAUGUAGUUUACCUAAAAGGUAUACAUUGUGAGGUUUAUCCUGUUUUGAUGAAUUGCAAUUAAUAUACUGUAUAAAUUUUUCAACAUUGCAUUAUCAUGUGGUGUACUUUGGUUCAAAAAGCUCUUGACAUCAUGUUUAUUAUGUAAGGAAAUUAUGGUAUAUUUUAGGCAGGUGUGUAAGGUUAUGAGAUGAUUAAAGGAAUUAUUUUUUA